UAUACAGAGGAGGUUGUGCAGGCGCCGCUGCCCCCCCUCCGGCGCGUUCUCUCUGCUGUUUCGUUUCUAUUUUUUUUUAUGUGUUGUAUUUGAAGUUGCAGCCAGGAGCCUGGUAGGAGGGAGAGGGAGGACUCUGCUCUGCAGCCGACUCUGUUGCUCCUGCAGCCUGCAUGCGUCCGUGCGUGGCCUCGACUGGAGAAGCUUUUUUUUUUUUCUCUCCUCUCCAGUCAUUUGUUAUUGUUGUGAUUCUCUGGCUGCUCUGGACGGCAUGCGUGUCCGACAUGUGGCGCAGAAAUAGGCUGUAAAUGGAGAACGGUGAAUAUAGAGAGAGACGUAGGGAAAGGAGGAGGGGUGGGGGGUUAUUGUAAGACUGAAUACCAACAAACUGAGGCCAUAUGAUAAUGCGCGUGCGGGGGCUCUGUGUAUGCUUAAUCCCAUUUCCUUAUCCGGGGUUUGUCCUGGGGGCUCGCCAUUGGCCGGCCGCCGUCACGUGGCUUCUUAACUUUGUUCACUUGACAGAAAAGUAGGAGGGUUCAACGGAACAGGAAUAACCGAAGAGUAAAGGGAUGAGAUAUAAAUUUUAGUUAUAUAUUUUCCGAGUAGGUGCAAUUCCACAAAAAGACUGAAAUUAAUGGCCAUGAGCUCCUAUUUGAUCAACUCCAACUAUGUGGACCCGAAGUUCCCACCGUGCGAGGAAUACUCACAGAGCGACUAUCUGCCCAGCCACUCUCCGGACUAUUACAGCUCUCAGAGGCAGGAGCCUGCCGCUUUCCAGCCGGACUCCCUCUACCACCACCAUCAGCACCCCGCACACCCCCCGAAUCACAACCCGCACCGAGGCGAGCCGCCCUACACGCCGUGCCAGCGCGCGGGGCAGCCCGCCUCGGUGGUGAUGUCCCCCCGGGGUCACGUCGUCCCCCCGGCCGGGCUGCAGACCACCCCCGUCCCGGAGCAGAGUCACCGCUGCGAUUCGGUGACACCCAGCCCGCCUCCGUCUUGCGGUCAAACUCCCCACAGCCAAAGCGCUUCUUCCCCCGCGAGCAAUCGCAAGGACCCCGUCGUCUACCCAUGGAUGAAGAAAGUCCACGUAAACAUCGUGAAUCCAAACUACACAGGGGGGGAGCCGAAGCGGUCUCGGACGGCCUACACCCGCCAGCAGGUCCUGGAGCUCGAGAAGGAGUUUCACUACAACCGGUACCUGACGCGCAGGCGCAGGGUGGAGAUCGCGCACACGCUAUGCCUGUCAGAGCGGCAGAUCAAGAUCUGGUUCCAGAACCGGAGGAUGAAGUGGAAGAAGGACCACAAGCUGCCCAACACUAAGGUCCGCUCCGGGACAAACAGCGGCAGCAACACAAACUCCCAGGCCCUAACCGGUUCCCAGAACCGCUCCGCCGGACCUCUAUAGCCCGGCACUUUUGCUCUUUGUCUCACGUGUGUCGUCCGUUUUCCUAUACCCGAUUCCCAAACUGAACGUCAAACCGGCAGCCACGCUUGUAACCUCCGGAACCUGCACUUUGGACCGGAUUAACGCUUUUACUCUGGGAGGGAAGGAUGGAUGUCGCUGCCGCAUGUAUGGCCCUGUGCUGAUGUUACACACUGUUAUGACUUGGGAGGAUGGAGAGGGAGAUUUCCCACUCAUGAAAAAAAGAUAUGAACAAAAUGAACGAGGUGUCGAGGAAGGAGAGUGACAGAAAUGAAAAAAAGAUGCGAUCGCUUCUUUGCUUUCAUCCCCGCCAUUCUUCCCUCUCUGCGUCUCUUUCUCUGCUUUUUAUAUCUCUGUCUUUUUCUACCCCCCCUCUCUCCUGUCUGUGAGAGAGCAUAAGACAGUAGGCUGCCUAUAACGUGCUCCAGUGUGUGUGUGUGCGUGCGUGCGUGCGUGCGUGCGUGUGGUUCCUGUCCUUUUUUUUCUAUCCGAGACAUUUUUUUUGGUGAAGAUGGAUCCUCGUUUUCAUCUUUAAUCAUGCCAAACUCGGGCCCCAUUUGUCAUGUUUACUCUGCGGGUACAAAGCAAAGGGGUGAACCGCGGCUCUGCCCAUUACCCCUCGCGCCUACACCCCCCACCCUCAUCCCACCCCUAUACGUACCCCACCUCCAUCACACACACACGCACACACACACAAACACACACGCACACACACACCCUCCCACCCCACUCAAGCACUCAAACACGCACGUGUAAUAAAUUGAACUCUCGUUUCGUAUUAAGUAUUCUUACACACACACACACACACACACACACGCACACACACACACACACACACACACACACACACACACACACAAAUAAUAAUAAUAAUAAUUGUUUUGCUUCUGUUUCUGCUUUUGUGUUUGCGGUUCAUGACAAACUAGCCUUAGAGCUUUUACAAAUUGGACUGAUAGUCUUUUUGAAUUGAGUGUUGGUUGUUAAAUGUUGCACGCGGUCGUCGCUCAGGAUGACGUGCGUGUAGUUGUGUGGUCCGUUGAUUGUUCACGUUGUGUUCAUGUUGUGUACAGGGAAACAGACUGACAGGGUGAGUCCAUGAAGCCUAAACAAAGGACACUGACGUUGAAACCAAAUUCCUGGUACAAAUAGCCCAAGAUCACACUAUAAACGCAGCACUAUACAAUGUACUACCUAUUACCUCAGCUGUACUUAUAUAUAUAUAUAUAUUAUUAUUAUUAUUAUUUUGUAUUCUUAUUUUCUCUUACUCGUUGAAUGAAGUGACCGCUUUUCGAGCUUUUAUAUUUUUUAAAUUGUGUGACGAGUUAUUAUAAUAAUUAUUAUCACUACCUGCAAUACAGAAAAGGCGCUAUUCAUUUCUUCUAUGUGAAAAGUUAUUUAAUUCUAAGUGAAACGGUUCAAGCCAGAGACAUUCAGAAAAGCGAGGAGCUUUUUAUUGCAUGUCCGAAUGAUGUUGAUUCUUUUUCUCGUUGUCUCAUCUUUAUUGUGUCCGCACAUGAAAUGCGCGCACACCUCUCCUCUUCCUCCUCUCCGCUCCUUCCUCCUUGUACCACUUUUCUUCUGUAAUUGUAUUUUUCAGUUGAUGUUAUUUUUUUACAUUCCAAAGAUCAGCUUCUUCCUCAUUGAUGAUGAUGAUGAUAUGUAUGAUACCGGUAACUCAUAAUGAAUGUGUUACUUUCUCAGAAAUGUAAGUUGCUCCUUCCUCUGCUUAAGCCCACUCAGUGUCUACCUUCUUAUUUGUAAAUAGUCCAUUGAAAUUUAAAUAAAUGGCUGAAAAGUG